CAGCAUAAAUAUAUCUAAUUUUCCUCACUUUCCUCUCAAACAUUUCCUAAUUUCAUCCUAAAAUAAUUUCAAGUCUGUAAUUCAUAGAAAUAAUAUUUUCUACAUAAGAAAUUUUUUUCUCAUGUAUUUCUUGAAUGAUUUCCUUCUUCUGUGAUAUUAAUCUGAUUUUCGACUUACUUUCCAUUUUUCUUUUAACAAAUAAUAUUCUUGUUCUUAUUUUGGUCUUUUGCUCCUUUAAUUUCUUGAAAGGUUUAAGCUUUGGAUUCGGGAAAUUAAAUCUUCCUCUAUCCCAAAAAUCUUUAUAAAGUUUUUCAAAAACAAGAAAAAAAAAUCGACUAACAUAUGGAGUCUACCGGAGAAGUUGUCAGAACAACCGGCGAGAGCGACGGUGGCGUUACGCCGGUGAGAUCUAACGCGCCGUUAGAUUUCCACAUGGCUCCAAGGUCAGAAACUUCAAAUCCACCUCCGACCUCCGUCGCUCCACCGCCGCAAAGGUCCUUUUUACACACGGUGAAUCCUCCGCCGCCAGCGAUUGAAGGUUUUUCCACCGUGCCGAUGAAGAAGAAGCGUGGACGCCCUAGGAAGUACGGACACGACGGAGCAGCGGCGGCGCUAUCGCCGAAUCCGAUAUCAUCAGCCGCACCAACGACUUCUCACGUCAUCGAUUUCUCGGCAUCUGGGAAACGUGGCAAGGUGAAACCAGCAGCAACUGCAACAACAAGCUCCUUCAUCAAGACCAAGUACCAAGUCGAGACUUUAGGUGAAUGGGGUCAUUCCUCUGCCGGCGCUAAUUUCACGCCGCAUAUAAUUACGGUGAACGCAGGCGAGGACGUAACGAAGAAGAUAAUAUCGUUUUCGCAACAAGGGUCCCUUGCUAUUUGCGUUCUCUGCGCAAACGGUGUCGUUUCUAGUGUUACACUUCGACAGCCUGAAUCAUGUGGCGGUACAUUGACUUAUGAGGGUCGGUUUGAGAUAUUGUCACUAUCCGGAUCAUUCAUGCCAAGUGACUCGGAUGGGACACGGAGCAGAACAGGUGGAAUGACUGUGUCGUUGGCUAGUCCUGAUGGACGUGUAGUAGGCGGUGGAGUCGCUGGCUUGCUGGUUGCAGCCACUCCUAUUCAGGUGGUCGUUGGAAGUUUCUUAGCUGGGACGAAUCAGCAAGAUCAGAAGCAGAACCACAACAACUUUAUGUCUUCUCCAAUGCCAACCUCUUCAAAUGCAUCUGAUCAUGGAACCAUCCGUCCCAUGUCGUCUUCUCUCCACAUCGGAACAUGGACACCGCCUUUAGCUUCUGAUCCACGACACAAGCUCUCUCAUGACAUCAACAUCCCCUUAACUUGAUUUCUUCCUUAAAAGAACUCGUAGGUCUUUUGUGUUUCGGUUUCUAGUUCUACAUGCCAAGACUCUCAAGGUUUAGGUUUUAUGUUGUUGGCUUGUAACUUAAAAGAUUGUUUUUCUUAACUUUUUUCAUCCGGGUUCUUCCACUCUUGGAUGUAGAAAUUGAA